AUGGCGAUACCAGGCAUUUUCCCUGUUCUUUCAGAAAAGAUAUCUCAAAGUCCAUUAGAACCAUAUGACAGUAAAUAUCAUGUAGAAAUGGUCUCUAGCAUGAAGGAUAACCUCAAAAAUAGUUUCAAGGAUUCCAACGAAAUCGCUAUAGUGGCGCAAUGUAAUGUUUCACCCUUCAUGGAAAUUGAUAUCCAACAGUUUGCAACUUACGCAGAAUUUUAG